AAGCUGGUAUCAGAGGCUAAUACUGUCGAGUAGAUGGUCUCAGAGUCCACUACUGUAGAGAUGCUGUCCGCAGAGGCUUCUACUGUAGAGUAGCUGUCCGUAGAGACCACUACUGUAGAGUAACUAGCCUUAGUGGGGCACAGAUGUCGCCGCUGUUGGCUCAGGGGCCACUGCUGUAAGCUAAACGUUCUCUCAGUUUGCUACUCGGGACUAGAGGCUUCGGAGGCCUUCACUAUAAAGCAGUUGGCCUCAGAGGCACUUAUCUGGAGUAGAUGGUCUCAGAGAUCACUGUUGUAGAGAAGAUGUUUUCAGAUGGCGUUACUGUCUUAAUUGUCUCUACUGCGGUUUAGCUGGUCUCCUUUAGCUUAUUAGCGUUUUACAGUCUCAACUGUAAUUUAAUUGCAAGCCUCUUUUUCCCCCUUCAGGCUAAUCGAGAAUAAUGUGUUAAAUUAUGCUGUCAAAAAUGACAGGUGGUUUGAACGUCUCUUACAUGUCUUUGAAAGUGAAUGUCGGGAAUGCCUGAGAUCCUGGCAGGUGGUGUAAUUUUUUGUAAGGUUACAGUCUGGCCAUAAUUCCACUUAACGGUUCAACGCAACACAGAACGGGUUUCAUAGAAAAAAUCUCGGCCGAAAAUAUGGCCAAAACCCUUGUACAGCGCUAUGAAACAAUAGUCCGCCUAAUAAAAAUUUGCUCGGCUUUUUGUGGUGCGAAUAUUUUUCAUCCUUCCUACAGGAUGAAUAUCCUCACUUGGACUGUGGUUAUUUUCAUAAAUCUAUAUUUUGCCUUUACCGGAUAUACACUUUAUGUGAAUAUUUACAUAGAAAAGGAUUGGCCGAAUAUUUUGCAGGUCCUGUGCUAUUUGGGUAGUGCUAUGCAGGGCUAUUGCAAACUUUUAAAUGCCAUAGGGAAUAAGGACAAUAUACGAUAUUUGACGGAUGAACUACGGGAAAUCUAUCGGAAAUAUGAUCUGAAACAUGCCGAUUAUCGUUGCUGUCUCCAGAAGAGCAUUAACACGGUGAAUCGAUUCAUCUAAUGUAUGGCCAUUAUCCAUUUCUCCAUUACCAUGAGUUUGAUUGCCGUCGUGCCAUUCUAUCGCGUGGUAUUCAAUGAGCGAAUAUUUGUAAUGCAAUUUUUGCUACCCGGAAUCGACCCGAAUACCGCCUAUGGUUACCUCAUGAUGAAUUGUAUGCAUUGCAUUUGUAUUUUGUUCGGAUCAUUUGGAAAUUUCGCAGCUGAUCUGUGCUUUUUCACCAUCGUCAGUCAUGUGCCGUUGUUCAAGGAUUUGCUGAGGUGUAAAUGUCAGGAUCUAAAUGACAUCCUUGAGGAGGGGAAAGAUGUUGAGCAGGAGGGAAUUGGUGAUUGUCAAAUUCUGUUGAAAGAUAUUUUUCAAUGGCAUCAGAAGUAUAUGAUAUACAUUACCACGGUCAAGGACAACUAUUUUUGGGUCCUGAUCAUUGAAAUGGGUACAGUGGCACUUAGUCUUGCCUCAACUCUAUUCUGUUUAAUUUUGGGCACAUGGCCAGGUGGUCUCACAUAUCUUGCCUACUGCCUGAUGAUGUUGUAUAUCUACUGUGGUCUGGGCACACUCGUUGAAGUGACGAAUGAUGGCUUUAUUGAUUCCGGCUACACUGACGUCAUCUGGUACAAACUGCCCAUGGUCGAGCGAAAAAUGAUACAAAUGAUGGUUAUGAUGGCCCAGAAUACUGGCGGUCUUACAAUUGGUUCAGUUGUACCUCUUACCAUGAAUACCGGUCUGCAAUUGACCAAGGCAAUUUAUACCAUGACCAUGAUGUUGAUAAAUUUUCUUGAAUAAAAGACAUCAGAAGGUGUCGGUCAAAA